AUGGACGAACCGGGUUGUGCUUGGCCUUUCUGGAAGUUUGGGAUGAAGAGAGGCGAUCUCUCCACCAAACUGCACGACCAAUACAACACUAUUCCCUCCAGCAUCCAGGACCCCGACGCCUUUCACCAUGAUGUCUGCGAGAUUUCCCACGUCGCCGAUACCGCCGACGACUUUCACCGUCUGAUGGCCGGCCGUAAGGAACAGCGCCUCAAGGAACUCAACGCGUCGCUUGAUCUCGCUGCUGUCGAGAUCAUCGCCAACCCCAAACUCGUCGGCACGGCGCAGUGGUCGUACGCCCUGCAGCUCUUCCGAACACGCUCGCUCGACUCCCUGGUGCGACUGUUCUCAAGCUACCUCCCCGACGACUACUCUUGCACGCAAGGCUACUAUGCAUCCUCCACCGGUACUUCGUUCAGCGAUCGAUGCAGCUCCCGCACGGCGAGUACGAACCUGAGCAGUCUCGACGACGGUCCCUGUUUCUUUCACGAUGAUGAUGACGAUAAGCCUGUGAUGACGCAUGAACCCUUGCAUAUUUCAACUUCUAUUUCUUCGUCCGCCAUGACCACGGACCUGCCUCCCUCCCCCCGUUCCAUGACGAUGCAGUCCGACACCUCUGCGUCGUCCCCCAUCGACCGCGACCAUGACCACGACUACCACCUCCACAGCCUCACGCCCGCGCGAACAUUGUCCUUCUCUGGAUCUGAGUCCGGAAGACUUGAAGGGAGACGGCUUCAUUGUCCUCACGUCGAAGACGACGACGAGGAAGAAAAUACCUCGCAGUCUGAAGAGCCCGACUCCCUGACGACGUCGGUCUCGGAUCUAGAGGAGCAUCGUUUGACGCGUGAAUCUACCGUGGAGGAGGAACAAUCUAGCGAAUACGCCGAUAGCGCCAUCGAGGAAGACGGUUGCGAAGAUGAGUUCCCGACAACCCAGCUUCCUUUCGACCUCUACGACGACCUGAUGGAGUCUUCUGAAACACCAACACCCAAACUAGAAACAACAACAACGGCGGCGGCGUCUUACCUCGACAGCAAAUCUCCUUUCCGUUCGAUACCCCAAACUUUCCGCGCGUUCUCACCAAAGAUACCCCAUCUCCGUUGUCGUGACGCCAGCCCCACGAAGGGCAGCAGCAAUCGCAAUAUUAGCAGGAGGACACCCGAAGAAGCAGCGUGCCGUAUCCAGAAGCCACAGCUCGACGCCGCACGCGUGCGGGCCUCGGCGGCGAGGGAUCGUAGGAGAGAUAUGGACUAG